CACAAUCUCUCUAAUCUGUAUGCGCGCGGCCGAACAAAGUACGGAAAAGCUCUCUCCUCCUUCUCUCUUCCUCUGCUUUCUCUUUCUUAGGUGUUAGUGAGAGAAACUCUACUUCAAAUCAGAGAGAGAAGAAAGUGACCUCACAAAGCUUUUCAGUGAAGAGGAGAGACUAAUGGACGGGAAAAGGUAUGCAGUGUUGCUGUGCACAGAGGAUUCCGAGUACGUGAUGAAGAUGUACGGAGGGUAUUUCCGGGUUUUCAUCAGAAUGCUGGCGGAGGAAGGCGAGACCUGGGACGUCUACAAGGUGGCAUCCGGCGACUUCCCCGAGGAAGACGGCGAUCUCGACCUAUACGAUGGAUUCGUCAUCACCGGCAGCUGCAAUGACGCUCACGGAAAUGACGCCUGGAUCGAGCGCCUCAUCACUCUGAUUCAGAAAAUCGAUUCCAUGAAGAAGAAAAUCCUCGGCAUUUGCUUCGGUCACCAGAUACUAUGUCGUGCAUUGGGAGGAAAGGUUAGCCGAUCUCCCACUGGUUGGGAUAUCGGUGUGAGAAGCAUAACCUUAUCAUCAUCAUCACCAUUGUCUCCGACAUCUCUCAUGCUGCCAUCAAAGCUCUCUAUAAUCCAAUGCCAUCGAGAUGAGGUGAGAGAACUUCCGGCGAAGGCAGAGAUUAUUGCAUGGUCGGAGAAGACAGGGAUUGAGAUGUUUAGGUUCGGUGAUCACAUAAUGGGGAUCCAAGGCCACCCUGAGUACACCAUUGACAUCCUUUUGCACCUCAUCGACCGUCUUGUUCAACGUGACCUCAUCUUGGAGGCUUAUGGUGUGGAAGCUAGGGCUAAAGCGGUGUUGCGAGAGCCAGAUAGAGAGGUUUGGAAGAAACUGUGUGUCAGCUUCCUCAAAAGUCGCCCAUGAUCAUGAGAGAGAGAGAGAGAGAGAGAGAUUAUAGUUUUGGUUGGCACCAGAAGGUUAUAAAUUAUGAAAUAACUCCUCUUAUAAUGAAAUUAUUAUCGCCUAAUUUAAAUAUAUGAAUGCAAAAUGUAAACAUGCGAGUGUUAUAUAAUCGGAUUUCUCCCUCCCUCCCCUCUUCUUUAAAAUUA